UCUCUUUGGUUUUCCAGGUAAAUGAUGAUAUAAGCUUCUAUAUUGUUUCACCCUGAAGGAUCUGAAACCUGUUUUAUAAGCAAGUACACAGUAUAGUGGGAUCCCUUCCCCACUACUGAAAUGUAGCCUCCUCUGAAAAAGGUUCUGUGAUCCCCAGAACCUCCUUAAUAUAGGAACCUGUAGUUUUGAUUCAAUUCAAUUCUUCACUGUCUAUAAGUCAGCCUCAAGGGCCUCUCUCUCCCUCAGCACAGAGUUCUGGGGCAAGGGUACCUCUUCCCACCAGUAGUGGCGAGCUCCAGGGCUGGGGGAGAGGUCUGCAGCAGCCCUGCAAGUCCCAACUUGUUUCCCUCCCCAGUUCCUGCCCAUCUGCUACCUCUCUCUUCUCCAGGUCCUUGCUGCUCAGCAACAAUCAUUAUAAUUUGAAUCUGCAAGGUAACCCAGUGCCUGACGUUCCACGACCCAGUACUGGGUUGUGACCUGUACUUUGAAAAACACUGCUAAUAAGCACGUGCAAUAGACUUACAGUGAUACAUUUGUUUUGGGUGGUACACUGACUUGGGCAUAAUGUCCAUGGAUAUAACUUUUCUGGGAACAGGCUCAGCAUAUCCAUCUCCAACAAGAGGAGCUUCAGCUUUAGUCGUUCGUAGUGAAGGAGAAUGCUGGCUAUUUGAUUGCGGAGAGGGAACUCAAACACAAUUUAUGAAAAGCCAUCUUAAAGCAGGUAGAAUUACUAAGAUAUUCAUAACUCAUCUUCAUGGGGACCAUUUUUUUGGUCUUCCUGGUCUCCUGUGCACAAUUAGUCUUCAGUGUAGUUCUACUACGAGCAAACAACCUGUUGAUAUCUACGGACCAUUAGGACUACGAAACUUCAUUUGGAGAGCUCUGGAACUCUCCCACUCGCAACUUCUCUUUCCAUAUGUGGUUCAUGAACUGGUACCUACACCAGAUCAGUGCCCUGCAGAAGAAUUUAAAGAACUAUCUUACAUUGACAGAGAUGAAGUCUCUUCCAAAGAAGUGCAAGGGAGAACACUUCAGCUGGAUCCUGUAGAAAACUCCUACAUGCUGGUCAACAAUCAGCAAUUUGUUAUGAAAGCAUUUAGAUUAUUUCACCGUAUUCCUUCCUUUGGAUUUUUAGUGGAGGAGAAACAGCGGACUGGUAAACUCAAUGCACAGAAGCUAAAAGACCUUGGAGUUCAGCCAGGCCCUAUAUAUGGGAAACUGAAGAAUGGUGUUACAGUUGUCUUAGAAAAUGGAGUAACCAUUUCUCCUUCAGAUGUCUUGGAUGAGCCUAUUCCUGGAAGAAAAAUUUGUAUUUUAGGUGACUGUUCAGGUGUAGUUGGAGAUGGAGCAAUGAAACUCUGUUAUGAAGCAGAUCUGUUAGUUCAUGAAGCCACACUGGAUGACACCCAAGUGGACAAAGCCAAAGAGCAUGGCCAUAGCACUCCAAAAAUGGCAGCUGAGUUUGCAAAGUUGUGUAAGGUUAAGAAACUGGUUCUGACUCACUUCAGUCAGAGAUAUAAACCAGCUGGUCAGGUUGGAGAAGGAGAUAUUGAUGUCGCGGAACUGAAGAGACAAGCAGAAUCAGCAUUAAAUGGUCAAGGAGUAAUUUUAGCUGAGGAUUUUUUGAAGAUAGAAAUUCCAGUGAAAAAGCAAAAGUAGCAUCUAGCUUUAUAAUGCCACACAAAUAAGCUUGCUGUUGAACUAUGAGUUUACAGCUAGGGCUUCAGGUAUCCAAAUUUGUUCCUCAGUUUCCAGAUGAAGUUGAAUUGCUAAGGUGACAUGUUCAGUUGCUACAGAAUAACUAAGGGCUGGAUUUACUUGCUAUAGAGUUUUAAGGCUCAACUCUGCAAUAUGCUGAGUGCCUCAGCAACUUUAAUGGCAGUUGAACUUGUUCUACACCUCUGAGAAAUGGGCCAUUGUAGAAUGGUAUUGCUGUUAACUUGCCCUCCUAGAAAGAAGGGAGAUGGAAAAGCAGAUUACUAGUCAAACUCACUGCCUUACGUGAAAUUGGUGUGCAGCUACCUAAGCAAGGGGGAAAAAAAGAAACUCAUUCUUUGGUUUAUAUAAAUACACCUAUGGAAACAUAUGGAGACAAAGCAAAUUAUUUAUUGAUCAUCUAAACACUUAACUGCAAAUCUAAAUAACUUUUAAAAUAAAGUAUAUGGAAUGCCUUUAACUUAUCUUUUUGGAAUUAAGUGUUUAGGUGAUUGAUACAGGUAUUUAGCCAAACAGUCUGGAAAACGUAACUGUAUAGGCAGAAAUCUUCCGAACACUAAAUACUUUUUAUUAGAACUUCAGAUUCUCUAGUCUUAAGUCUUAAAAUAGAACUUUCCAUUUUUUGCAUCUUAUUUACAAUCCUCUGUGAAUCUUGGUGGCAUACCAAAGUAGAUAUUAUUUUUUAACUUCUCAACCUCUCGUAAGCUUUUGUAUAAAAUAUUUUCAAUGAUUAUUUAAAUACUUUUAUGUAAAAGGAAUAUUGCAUAAACAAACUAAUAAAGUAUUGAUAACUAUGCCA